UCCUGGUAUUGUCAGUCUUAGCCCAAGAUCGGCCCCCCUAGCAGAGCAGGCCCUGACACCUGCCCGGAAUGCUGUGGCUGCAGCCGGCUCGGAGUUGCCCCCUCCCGGCCACCUUCAGAGGAGUUCUGGGGAUAGUAGGCCCUGAGCUGGAACUUGCAGGACUGGCGGUCACUCCCGGAUUCCAGUUGUCUCCAUCUCCACCCCAAGUUCGCAGAACUUGUGACCGUGUGAGCAAAGCCACCCUUGCAACCCAUGUGCAUCAUCUUCUUUAAGUUUGAUCCUCGUCCUGUUUCCAAAAAUGCAUACAGCCAACCUAAACAGCUUUAACAAGAUUGAUCAGUAACCACAGCUCAUCUUGGCAGCCAACAGAGAUGAAUUCUAUAACAGGCCGUCCAAGUUGGCAGACUUCUGGGGGAACAACAGUGAGAUUCUCAGUGGGCUCGACAUGGAGGAAGGCAAGGCAGGAGGAACAUGGCUGGGCAUCAGCACACGUGGGAAGCUGGGGGCGCUCACCAACUACCUACAGCCCCGGCAAGAGCCAGACGCCCGUGGUAGAGGUGAACUUGUGUCUCACUUUCUGACCAGUGACAUGGACAGCCUGUCCUACCUGAAGAAGGUCUCUACAGAGGGCCACCUGUACAAUGGCUUUAACAUCAUAGCAGCUGACCUGAGCACAGCAAAAGGAGAUGUUGUUUGCUACUAUGGAAACCGGGGGGAGCCUGAGCCUAUUGUCUUGACACCAGGAACCUAUGGGCUAAGCAAUGCCCUGCUGGAGACGCCUUGGAAGAAGCUGUGCUUUGGCAAACAACUCUUCAUGGAAGUAGUGGAAAAGAGCGAAGCACUCCCUAAGGACGUCCUUGUCACUCAGCUCCUAGAUGUCCUCAACAAUGAGGAGGCACAGCUGCCAGACCCAGCCAUUGAGGACCAGGGACAGGAGUAUGUACAGCCAAUGCUGAACAAGUAUGCAGCUGUGUGUGUCCGCUGUGCCACCUAUGGCACCAGAACCAACACCAUCAUCCUUGUGGAUGCAAAUGGCCACGUGACCUUCACUGAACGAAGCAUGCUGGACAAAGACACCUCUCGCUGGGAGACCAACACCUAUGAGUUCACACUACAGAGUUAGCCCCUGCCAGGUUCCUAGGAUGCUGUCCUGAAGGGCCAGCGUGGACAGGAACCUUUCAUGGCCACCCUGCAUGUCUGGCUCAGCCAGCAUCCCUAGGACCAGGUCAUUCUGAUCUGUGUCCUCAUACUCAGCUCAGGGUUUCUCUUUGUACCAAUGGAGAACGACAGAGUUAAAUACUAGGUGUGAUUCAGGCCUGGGUAUGCCGUAUGUGAACACACAGACCUGUUGCUCAACCCUACUUACUACCACUGUGUGCACCUGACUCAUGAGUAGGAUCAUGCCUCUCACCUCACAUGUUUGGGCAGUGGGUCUCAUCCAUGGACGGGUAACAAAAGCAGACUCUUUACAGAAACUGGAGAUCCUGUAUUUGUUUGUGUUCAUGUGUGUUCAGUGGUUCUUCAUAUACAAGGACCCUGUGUGCAUUUUCUCAGUCCUGUAGUGUGGACCCUGGGAUCUCUUAGACCCCUGCUCGCCCAGGAUUGUGGGUUCUGAGCAAGACCAUCUCAACCAGUGGUUCAACCAGUCCCUUCCAUCUCCCAUUGCCCUUGUUAUGGUAUACACCAUAGGAAUGUGAACUUGAAUGUGCAGUUGAUAAUAAAUCUUUGAAGUUGUAA